UUAGUGUUGUGAGUCUUACAGCUGCCUGGCAGUCAGGCACUGCAGAACUGAUACCAGGUAUUUGCUUGUCCUCUGGACCAUAUGGAGAUGAGUGUAAUUGAUUUUUUUGUUGUGUUGUUUUUUUCCCCUCUACCUUUCUUUCUACCUGACUGUCACUUAGGUCAACUGGAAUACUUCUCAAGUCAUGUGCAGCAGGAUUCUGUGAGGAAACCACUUCUGUUUGUUCUAGUGGACAAACAGCUCGGAUACUGCCAUGGCCCCCAUUUUCAAAGUGACACAGUUUGUCUUGCAGACCCUGGUACUGGGUCACCCGCCUCAUCUGAACGUCUGACAGGCUGCCUUUGGUGGAAACAAUGGUUUUGGAUGGUCUACCUAACUUAAAGGAUACAUAUGCCUCCUUGUACUCCUCAGCUAUGGAAGACUUAGAGGUGGAUUUUGAUUCAGGACUGGAGGAAGAUGAACUGAAACAGGAGGCUGCUCCUGAGGAUUCCACGAUCUUUGUAGCUUUUAAAGGAAAUAUAGGUGACAGAGACUUUGAGCAGAAACUAGAUAUCAUACUGGAGAAUGUGCCUGGCCUUUUACACAUGGAAUCCAACAAGUUAAAACUGCAGAAGAUCGAGCCUUGGAACAGUGUCCGUGUCACCUUCAAUAUACCCCGGGAAGCUGCCGAGCGGCUGCGAAUUCUGGCUCAGAAUAAUAACCAGCAGCUUCGCGACCUGGGAAUUCUCUCAGUUCAAAUUGAAGGGGAAGGUGCUAUCAAUUUAGCUUUAGCUCAGAACAGAAGCCAGGAUGUCCGAAUCAACGGGCCCCUGGGAGCAAGCAACUCAGUGCGAAUGGAAGCGGGGUUUCCCAUGCAAGGGGGACAAGGUUUGAUAAGAAUGAGCAAUGCAGCAGCUGUCAUGAUGUCCCAGGGUGGAAAUGUGCCCUCCUCUAUGGUGGCAAGUGGUGCUAGUGCUGAGCUCCAGCCAAGAACACCUCGGCCUUCCUCACAGCCAGAUGCAAUGGACCCACUCUUAUCUGGGCUAAAUAUCCAGCAGCAAAAUCAUCCAUCUGGAUCUUUAGCUCCCCAGCUCCAUUCAAUGCAGUCAGUUCCUGUAAACAGGCAGAUGAACUCAGCCAACUUUCAGCAGCUACAGCAGCAGACGCAGUUGCAGACACGUCCUCCCCAGCCACAUCAGCAGCCACAGCAGGGUAUUCGACCUUCAUUUACUUCACCAGCACAGGUUCCAGUUCCUCCUGGCUGGAACCAGCUUCCUUCUGGAGCGCUUCAGCCUCCUCCAACCCAGGGAGCACUGGGUACAUUGGCAGUAAACCAGGGCUGGAAAAAGGCCCCGUUGCCUGGACAAAUGCAGCCGCAACUUCAAGCAAGACCAUCUCUAGCAACAGUACAAACUCCUACUCAUCCUCCACCUCCAUAUCCUUUUGGAAGCCAGCAAGCUUCCCAGGCUCACUCAAACUUUCCCCAAAUGAGCAAUCCUGGCCAGUUUACUGCUCCUCAAAUGAAAAGCCUUCAGGGAGGGCCCUCACGGGUUCCUACACCACUACAACAACCCCACCUGACCAACAAGUCUCCUGCAUCCUCUCCCUCCUCCUUCCAGCAGGGAUCUCCUGCCUCAUCUCCAACAGUUAACCAGCCACAGCAGCAGAUGGGACCAAGGCCUCCCCAGAAUAGCACGCUUCCCCAGGGAUUUCAGCAGCCUGUCAGUUCUCCUAGUCGUAAUCCUAUGGUGCAACAGGGGAAUGUACCCCCCAACUUCAUGGUGAUGCAGCAGCAAAACCAAGCUCCACAAGGUUUACACCCUGGUUUAGGAGGAAUGCCCAAGCGCCUCCCACCAGGGUUCCCUGCAGGCCAGGCCAACCAGAACUUCCUGCAAGGUCAGGUGCCUUCCACAGCUCCAGCCCCGGCGGUGAACAGCGGCGCGCCGCAGCUGCAGACCAGCCAAAACGUGCAGCACACAGGUGCCCAAGGAUCUGGACCUCCUCAAAAUCAGAUGCAAGCACCACAUGGCCCACCAAAUAUGAUGCAGACCAAUCUAAUGGGACUUCAUGGAAAUAUGAACAACCAGCAGGCGGGUGCUAGUGGGGUGCCACAAGUUAACAUGGGAAACAUACAGGGACAGCCUCAGCAAGGACCACAGUCUCAGCUUAUGGGAAUGCACCAGCAAAUUGUAUCCUCUCAAGGACAGAUGGUAAACAUUCAGGCUCAGGGAUCGAUGAACCCUCAAAACCAGAUGAUACUUUCUCGAACUCAGCUCAUGCCACAAGGCCAAAUGAUGGUGGCACCACAAAACCAAAAUCUUGGUCCUUCUCCCCAAAGGAUGACCCCACCCAAACAGAUGAUUCCCCAGCAGGGACAACAGAUGAUGUCUACACACAAUCAAAUGAUGGGACCUCAGGGCCAGGUCUUGUUACAACAAAAUUCAAUGAUGGAACAGAUGAUGACCACUCAGAUGCAAGGAAAUAAACAGCCUUUUAGUACUCAAAGCCAGUCCAAUGUUAUGACGGGGCCAGCUCAACUGAUGAGAGGACCAACCCCAAACAUGCAAGGAAACAUGGUGCAGUUCACUGGGCAGAUGAUGGCACAGCAAGGCCCUGUGAAUGGUAAUCCUUCUCAGGUUAUGGGAAUUCAAGGGCAAGUGUUAAGACCCACUGGACCUGGUCCUCAUAUAUCUCAGCAACUUGGGGAUACUGCUACUACAACAAAUAAUGAUGUGAACUUGACCCAGAUGUUACCUGAUGUUCCUGUGCAGCAGCCAAACAUGGUGCCUUCUCAUAUGCAAGCAAUGCAAGGAAACAACAACACUUCAGGGAGUCAUUUCUCCGGCCAUGGGCUGCCUUUCAAUACGGGGUUUAGUGGAACGCCAAACGGGAAUCAGAUUUCCUGUGGGCAAAAUCCUGUUUUUCCUGUCAAUAAAGAUGUUACACUCACAAGUCCACUCUUGGUUAACCUUCUGCAAAGUGAUAUAUCAGCAGGACACUUUGGCGUGAACAACAAACAAAAUAAUCAGAAUGCCAACAAGCCAAAGAAGAAGAAGCCUCCAAGGAAGAAGAAAAAUAAUCAACAACUAGAGCAAACAACUUCUUCAGAACCACGUCCAGCUGGCCUGGAGGAGAGCGAUCAGUCAUCACUGUCUGGAGAUCAAGGAAUGAGUUUAGAUAACUCAGGCCCCAAGCUUCCGGAUUUUGCAAGUAGGCCACCAGGUUAUCCAUCUCAGCCAGUGGAACAAAGACCACUUCAGCAGAUGCCACCUCAACUCAUGCCACAUGCACAGCAGCCACAACCACAGCCCCAGCAGCAGCCGCAGCCACCAUCACAGCAAGCCCAAGCAGCACCACAAACACCACAGCAGCAGCAGCAGAUGAUGAUGAUGCUUAUGAUGCAGCAGGAUCCCAAAUCGGUCAGGCUUCCUGUACCACAAGGAGUUCAUCCACCUAGAGGGCCUCUGAAUCCAGAUGCUCAGCGAAUGCCAAUGCAGCAGGGUGGUAACAUGCCAGUAAUGGUUAACCUCCAGGGUCCUGGGUCAGUGCCUCCAUCUCCUGAUAAACAAAGAAUUUCCUUGCCAGGCAAUCCUCCUCUGGGAAAUAAUGCAAGAAAAGUGGUUUAUCAAGAAAAUGUCCAGAAUCCUUCCAGCUCACCCCUUGGAGAGGUUUCAUCAGUUUCCUCCCUUCCAGAAGGAGCUGGAGCUGAAGGCCCCCCAGCGUCAGCAGCUCAGAAUAACCUGACAUCACAUUUAGUAGUUUCACAAAACCAACUAAUGAUGACAGGACCCAAAACUGGACCCUCCCCACUUUCAGCUGCCCAAGGUACAAGUCCUCAGCAGCAGUCGAAUUCUCUGUCUAGUGCUCUUACACACCAUUUUCCAAAUGUUGCCACCCCAUCACAAACUGCAAGGCCUAAAACCCCAAACAGAGCAAGCCCAAGGCCAUACUAUCCUCAGACUCCUAAUAACCGUCCACCUAGCACAGAACCAUCAGAAAUCAGCUUGUCUCCAGAGAGACUCAAUGCUUCUAUAGCUGGUUUGUUCCCUCCCCAGAUUAAUAUUCCUUUACCUCCCAGACCUAAUCUCAAUAGAGGAUUUGAUCAGCAGGGUCUUAAUCCCACUACUUUGAAGGCCAUUGGACAAGCCCCAUCAAAUCUCACCAUUAACAAUCAGUCUAGUUUUGCUUCUCCACAGUCACACAAAUUGGAAAGUGUGGUCAUGAAUUCAGGAAAACAAACCAACACUGGAGGAACAAAGAGAGCAAGUCCAAGCAAUAGUCGGAGAUCCAGUCCUGGAUCCAGUAGGAAAACUACCCCAAGCCCUGGCAGGCAGAAUUCAAAAGCAGCUAAAUUGUCAUUGACAACUCCGCAGAAUCCAUCUCUCUUGCAGAACAUGGAAUUACAAAGAAAUAUGAUGGCUGGUCCCUCUUCUUUGCCAACACCUGUGACUUCAAGCUUCCAAAACAACAUGCUAAAUAACCCGAAUCCUGCAGUAUCUGUACCUCCUGUGGUGGGCAUUCCCGAAGACAACAAAGAGAGCCUUAGCGUGCCUCAAGAUAACGAGUGUCAGAGUGCUCAAGGUGUCCAAGGUAACAAAGACCAGCCCAGUAUUGAACUAAAAGGUAUCCCUACUCCAGAAAUGAAAAUGGUGGUUCCAGAAGAACAGCCAAAAAAAGAUGGGCAAGCUUUGGACUCCAGUAAGCUUCCAGUCAUGGAGGAAAGUAAACCCAUGGUGUCUCCAGCUAUGAGGGAGGCACCAACUUCCUUAAGUCAACUUCUUGAUAAUUCUGGAGCUCCUAACGUAACCAUUAAGCCUCCUGGGCUGACUGGUCUUGAAAUGGCACCGAUAGUUACCACUAGUGAGGAGCUAAAGAAGAUAGCUGUCAUUCCUCCACUGCAAGAUUCAUCCUCGAGCAAAGAGUCAUCUAAUUCACUUAGCUUGCCUCAAAGUAAUGAGCCCUGUUCAACACCAGGGCACCAGGAACUGGGAGAAAUAAACUCAAGUGUUGCACAGAGCGUUCCUCCAGUAAUGCAGAGGCCUGUCAGCUCUUCUUCUAUUUCAGGUCCUUUGCCUCCCAACCAGAUAACAGUUUUUGUAACUUCAAACCCUAUUACAUCUGCUGCUAAUACAUCAGCACCAUUGCCAUCUCACUUGCAGCCUGCAUUGGUGUCAACUGUUGUCACAAUGCCCAAUGUAGGCAACAAAGUCAUGGUGUCUGAGGGACAGUCAGCAGUUCAGUCGAAUGCCCGGCCACAGUUUAUUACACCUGUGUUUAUAAACUCAUCAUCAAUAAUUCAGGUUAUGAAGGGCUCUCAGUCAAGUACGAUUCCAGCAGCCCCCAUGACUUCUAACUCUAGUCUGAUGCCUCAGUCGGUCGCGGUUGUUGGGCCUUUGCAUAUACCACAGAAUAUAAAGUUCUCCUCCACACCCGCUCCUCCCAGCACAUCAUCCACCAGUCCUGUUUCUACCAUUCCCACCAGCAGGCCACUGGUUCUUAAUCCCUUGGCACCUCCUGGUCAGCUGCCUUCUCCUGCUACAACUUCUUCCAGUGCUCCCUCAAAUCUCCCUGCUCAGCAAGGCAAAGACUUCAGCCCAGAGGAGACCUCUUCUCAAAGUGGUGGGUCGAGUGACCAGUGUUCUGUUACAGCAACGCAGUCAGGACCUGUUGUUUCACCUCUUUUGACAAGUAGUCCGGGAUCUGGGAACAGGCGCAGUCCUGUUUCAUCAAGUAAGGGGAAGGGAAAAGUAGACAAGAUUGGCCAGCUCUUGUUGACUAAAGCUUGCAAGAAAGUCACUGGCUCCCUUGAGAAAGGGGAAGAGCAGUAUGCUUUGGAUGGCGAAGCAGAAGGUCAGGGACUAGAAACAUUGGUCCCAAACAGUUUGGGAACAGAGCAGUCACCAGCAGAACUAGAUAAUAAAACUGUGACACUGCCAGCACCCAGUCUUCUAAAACAGAGCACUUCUGGGCCUGGCUGUUCGGGUGCCAGCACCACAGCUGCUGCUCCUGCCUCCACACCUCCGAGCACAUCAACAAGCACUCCUCCUACCAGUGUACCACCGGUUGUAACCACUCCUGCAGCCCCAGACCUCUCACCUGCAGCACCAAGCACUAAUGGCAGUAACCACGGUGCUGCACCGGCUGAGCAAACCGGGGCUGCUGUGGUGGAGGAAAAAGCAGGAGCACAUCAGGAACUGCUACAGAAUGCAGCAUCCUCUCAACCUUUAACACAGAAAAAAAGUUCAGUUCCACCAUCAGAAAGUACUGUUCAAAGAACAGAACUUGAAACAAAUGCUCCGGUAGUUGCUGGUCAAAGUAAUGAGACAAAAGAGAAUUGUGAAAAGUCUAAAACUCCAAGUAGAAGAAAUUCAAGAACAGAGGAUUCUGCCGCUCCACAGGAAACUGUAGAGAACGGACAGCGCAAGAGGUCCUCCCGACCAGCAUCUGCAUCCAGCACUGCAAAAGAAACGAGUGCCAGUGCAAUGCAGUCAAAAAGAAGAAAAUCCAAGUAAAUUACUGCAUGGAAACAUGAAACUUGUAAAUGAGUGUGAAUUUACCAAUAGCGAUUUUGAGCUGUGAUUUUUCUUUUUUUAAAUAAAAUUCUGUACAGUAAAGUCCUUUUAAUAUUCUCCUGUUCCCCCAAAAUGAUUUUUUUUUCUAAAAAACAGAUAAAUAGAUAUAAAAACUGGGUUCUCCUAAAACCCCCUGGACUUACGAAGUGAAGCCGAGGGUUAGCACAUGAGGUUAAUGUGUUUGUAUGAAAUGGAAGGGGAGGGGAAGACAAUUGUAAAUUUAUUUGUUUCCACUUUUCAUAAAUUAGAAUACAGGGUUGUCAUUUUUAGGUAUUAAAAAUAAUGUAUUGUGCUGUUGUUUAAGUACUGUAUGUGAAUAGCAGUAAGAGGGUUUAGAAACAAACCCAAUCAUGUUUGGAAAUGUAAAUAAUUUUAUUAUAUAGUAGAUCUGAUGUAUUUGUUGUAGAAAUGGACCAGUGAAACAAAACAGAAAACAACAUAAAUGUAAGGGUUUGUAUAAUGUGGAAUCCCUCAUGCUCUAAAUAAAUGUUAUUGUCCUAUAA